AUGACAUUUUAUGGAACUCAUUUUUCUUCUUGGUCUUCUCAGUCUAUGUCUGAGAGUCCUCCUCAGGAAGAUGUGGGUCACUUGCCAGAGACUGCGGAUCUAAGAAGAGAAAAUACCGGAAAUGGUGAAAUGAAAGUAUUUUCAGACUUUUCUAAGGAAAGUGCUCCUCAGCUCAAGACUUCCUAUGAGAGAGCUACACAUAUGGAAGAUGCAGUUCAUUUUUCUGUAACUACAGACCAAAUAUUAGAGAAUAUGGAAAAUGCAAAAACUAAAGCAGAAGAGUGUGAGGCAUUUAUCUGUGACUACAGAUCAUACAACAGAAAGCAAAGCGACCACAGAAACGAAAGGCUGAAUAAGAAAACAUCCAGUGAAAAGAAUAAGGCUCCAAAGAACGUGGAUGCUAUAGAUGACCAUCAGCUAUCCGAGUCACUCUCUGAGGAUUAUGAUUUGUCUGAUUAUGACAAUAUGUUGAUGAUAGUUGACCAACUUCAAAUGAAGUACAAAGAUUCUGCACAAUCAUUGGAAAUCCAGGAUGCAAUUCAGUCAUAUAAAAUGAUAAUAGAAUGUAACCAAAGUCACUCAGAAUUGCUUAUGGAAAACAGUAAGAACAAGAGAAACCAAGAGAGUGAAGUGAUGAAGAAGCCACAAGAAACAGAAAAAGCAAAAGUGCAGAUCAAAUGCAAAGAGGAGGAGCAGCAAUUAGAUGUCACUGCUGUGGGAUCGCCUGCAAAACAAGAAUUGCAACAAAGAAAUACUGAUGGUCACUAUGAAAAAAGGAAGAAACAACUAACUGAAAAGGAACAACACAAAAAAGAAAAGCAACAACUUGAACAGCACCUUAGAGCACAAGAUAUGGAGUUGCAGCACCUCAAAAAUGAUAUAAAUAAGUUGCAAGAAGCAUGGCAUCCAGAGACAGAGGCUGAACACGGUGACUGCGUGACGAAGGAACACCUGCAAAAGGUUGAACAUGAAGUUUUCAAGUUAGUAGAAACCAUCAAAAAGCAAACAGAGACCAUAGAACUGCUUGAGAAAAAACUACCAAGUGAAGAUAAAACAUUGGCAGGAACUGGCCAUCUGACACAAGCAGGACAAGAGUUCUUUAAUGCUUUCAAAGAAAUGUGUACUACUUCAGGAAUGAGCCAGCUGGAACCCAGAAUUCAACAACUGGAAAGGGAAUUCUCUGAAAUAAAGACCCGGACACGUGAGAAUGUUAUGGUGCUGGAAAACUAUGUCAAACUUAAUCAGUCACAUAAACUGAUAGAGGCUGAAGCUAAGCUGAAGGAGGUCAUGACCCAGUUUGUCAUGCUGACUCAGCACAACACAGCAUUACUGAACUUGCUCAGCUCUGUAUUUGCCUCCGAGUGUCCCUGCAUGGCAAAUGUCCAUAGAAGAUUGGAAAGCCUCUUUACCCAAGAGCACACACCGACUCCCACUUCGGGCCUACAACCUUCAAAUUCGUCCAUAACAGCCCACCUGGAUGUGCCCGCGAACAACAGUGAAGAUUUCAAUAAAGCACUCACCAAGUCGGUUCUGUCUCCACAAUCUGAGCUGCAUCAAAAAAAGGAGAAAUGUCUGAAAUCAGCUAAAGAGAAAGCUCUAAGUAAAAACUGUUUUAAACCAACAAAAACAUCAACUGCAUGUGAAAAUAGAGAGCAUAGUUUCUCUGAAGUUUCGAACACCAGGCAAUUUGAAAAGAAUAUUCCAAUUGAUGAGGUACCACAACAUGAGUUAAUAAGAGAAGAUCAAGAAACUUUUGAUAACCUAGGGAACCACAAUGCCCAUGGGAAUUCAGAAUGUACAAAUCUGGAAUCUGAGCGCUCAGAUGAAACAAGUCAUCAAGCCGUAUAUAAAGCGGAACCAGAACAGUGUAAGGAUCCCGGUCUACAACGGGUAGCAAUGUCAAGUUCAUCUUCUCAAGGACAACUAAGGUCUAAGGACAAACAUUAUGGGUCCAUGAGGAGGAACUUUAAUAAAAAGGAGGCUUAUACCUCUGCACCAAACAUGUGCAUGAUGAGUUCUGAUCCAGGAUUUGGAUCUGGACAUCUCAACAACAGUUUGAGAUACAGAAGAAAUUUCCUGCAAAGAGAAUCCUUGAUGACAAGCUCAAGGACACAGCCCUUUGAGAGUUCACUGAGCUUCCUAAACAAGGUAAGAGAAGAAAAUCAGCAAACUUCUUAUGACAAAGUGGGAAAACACGGUGCCUCAUGCAUAAAGCUACAGAAGUCCUCACUUUCAAACCUGCAGUCUACACACCCAGGAGAAGUAACUCAUCAAACCUCACGUAAAGCAGAACCAAAACUCUAUGAUGCGCUGUCUCCUGAAAGGAUAGAAAUGACAAAGCCAUUAACUUAUAACCGACUACUGUCUAAGGACAGGCAACAUGAGGCCGUGAGGAGGAACUUUGAUAAAAUGGAGGCUUAUAGUUCUGUGCCAAACAUGUAUACAAUGACAAGUCCUCCAGGGUUUGGAUCUGGGCAACUCUACCACAGUUUGGAACACAGCAGAAGUCUCAUGCCAAGAGAAGCCGUGAUGCCAAGCUCCAGGCCAUGGCAUUUUGUGGAGAGUCUGGAUAGCUACCUAUGCAGGCAGCAGCAGGACAUGAAACCAGACGGUGGCUGGGAAGCAAGAGGAAGCAAACUCGGUUUCCAGGGGCUGCAGCUCAUGCUCCGACCAGUUCUUAAUGCAAUAGACAGGAAUUUCGGGAUUAACCAGAAAGCCAGAGAGAAGCAAAUGGAUGCAUUUGUUAAUUAA